CUGACGGAUUACACUGUAACAUCUCAGUAGCCCAGUCACAUACAUUAUUCUCAACAUCAGAAGAACGACAGAUGCAAACUAUGAGAUGGCCUUCAGGGGUAAAGUGGCCGACACGAGGACAGUGCUUGUGCAAAUGCUGCUGUGCCUCGUCAUAUUCUACUCUCUCUACUACAUGAUUGGGAGUGUGUGUUUCGGCGCUUUCAGGUUGGAUCACUUUGAUGGACUUAUUCCCUUUGACUUUAAGACUGAACCAACCAAUUUGGAGUCCAACUCCAAAUACCUGGUGAACCUGCUGUCCAUGGAGUUGACCUAUUUCUGCAGUGGUCUGCUGUUUGCAGCCGUGGUGAGGAGAUGGGUCUGGGACUACGCUCUCACAGUCACAUUACUGCACGUAUUGCUCACCAGCCUGGUGAUGUUGGAGUUUCCCUUGGUAUGGCAGUGGUGGCUGGCCCUUGGCAGCGGGUUGUUUCUGAUGAUCUGUAACGGUCAGCUGAUAGCUUACUUCACCUGCCAGAGUGACCAGAGUUACCCCACCUUCAACAGCUACUGAGUACACACACACACACACACACACACACACUGACUAGAGUUCUUUGCAGUGAGUCCGGUGGAAAUGGAGGGAAACCAAAUGUUCCUGUUGACUUGGUUACCUGUUUGUAAUAUCUGUAGUAUGUAAUAUCUGUGUUCUCUAUGAAUGUUAAUCUUAUGUCAGACAAUGUUAAUCAUGUAAUUUAUCAUCUUAGAACUAUUAAACCAGCUGUAACCUCGCA